AUGAAACUCGUUUUCAGCUUUGCAAGCCUUGCCUUAACGAUUGUCUAUCUUGGCGGAGCCGCUGCUCUCCCUGUCGUGUCCAAGUCUGGUCACGAGGCGACUCAGGGGCUUGAGCCCACGGCAGCCACGGUCACGGUGCAUGAUCUCACCGCGACGAGUCAGAGCACCCCCCAGCACCAGGAGUACGAGGGAGAGUCCAAGUUCAUCUCUAUUGGAAAAAUCUUCCACAAGAUUGGAAUCCCCGUUCCCGUUGGAAGUGGGUCACAGUCACAGCCUCGACCCGGUGGGUCGCGGAGCAAUAGCAUCAUACUCACCCCCUGCUAUUCGAUAUGCGCCCUUUUUCAGAGGUCAGUAUUUUCAGCCAGAAGUCUUGUUCAACUGCACUCUUAUGUUCCGACUACCCCGGCUGA